AAGUAUGCGAACAGAUUUAUCUCAUUUAUAAGUGGGUCAUAUAUUUUUGAGACACUAAUUACUAUGAAAUAGAAAUUAUGUGAAUUUGGUGAAAAUUACAUCAAUCAAAUAUAGGGUUAAAGACACAUUUGGUCACUGAGAUUACAAAAUCGGGACAUGUUUAGUCACUAGAAAAAAUUAAUAUCAAAUUUGGUCACUACAAUUACUAAAACUGGACACAUUUAGUCACUCGCCGUUAGUCUCCAUCCAACUCCGUUAAUGAAGUCCGUUAAGUGAUGAUGUGGCAAACAGAAUUGCCUAGUCAGCCGGAUAUAACCCAACAAAAAUAAAACCCGACCCGCCACGUCAUUAUAACCCGCCACGUCAUUUAAACCAACCCAACCCCACCCAACCCUCCUUCCUCUCACCUCCUUCUUUCCCCAAAUUCGAAUUCAAUCAAGACAUCAAAACGAAUUCAAUCCACACAUAAGGGAAAUCGAAUCGACAGAGAAUAAAGUAAAAAAAAACCCACGAGAAGCAGUGAAGCAAGCAAGAAUCUUUUCCGUCCAUAAAAGGAAGGGAAGCGUGAAAUCGGAGUGGAAUCAAGUGAAUGCUGGAUCCUGAAGCAAAUCGAAGAGAACCCAAUUGUUAGCAACACUGCGAGCGAGGAAGGGGGGAAAGGCGUUGGCCGGCGAUUCGUUUUCCGUCUCUUUCUUCUGGUUUUGGGCUCUUCAGUUUGCUGUUUGAUGGUGGGAAUCGGUGCUGCGAACUCGAGGGGCUAACAAACGGCGCCAUCUCUCCUGCGACAGUGAGUGAACACGAAAAGGGAAAAGAAAUGAGUAAUCUUUUCAAGGGUUCGCCGUACAGACGGCGCCGAGACCUGGAGUCUGGUAGCCGCUCUGCUGACUUGGACCGCGACCUCGAUGACUACGAGUCUUCCAGGUCGCUAUCGAACCUGACGGAAGGUGCGAACGGCGCCGCCAUAGGGCCAGGGCUUGGCGACAUUCCGGAGAGCUGCGUGGCCUGCGUCUUCACCUACUUGACGCCGCCGGAGAUUUGCAACCUCGCGCGCCUCAACCACGCGUUCCGCGGCGCGGCGUCGUCGGACUCCGUUUGGGAGAAGAAGCUACCGAGGAACUACCUGGAUCUGCUCGAUUUGCUGCCUCCCGACCGCCACAGGGACUUGUCGAAGAAGAAGGACAUCUACGCUCUCCUCUCCAGGCCCGUCCCCUUUGACGACGGCAACAAGGUUUUUUUUUACUUUAUUCUCUGUCGAUUCGAUUUCCCUUAUGUGUGGAUUGAAUUCGUUUUGAUGUCUGGAUUGAAUUCGAAUUUGGGGAAAGAAGGAGGUGAGAGGAAGGAGGAAGAAGGGUUGGGUGGGGUUGGGUCAUGGGUUGGGUUGGUUUAAAUGACGUGGUGGGUUAUAAUGACGUGGCGGGUCGGGUUUUAUUUUUGUUGGGUUAUAUCCGGCUGACUAGGCAAUUCUGUUUGCCACAUCAUCACUUAACGGACUUCAUUAACGGAGUUGGACGGAGACUAACGGCGAGUGACUAAAUGUGUCCAGUUUUAGUAAUUGUAGUGACCAAAUUUGAUAUUAAUUUUUUCUAGUGACUAAACAUGUCCCGAUUUUGUAAUCUCAGUGACCAAAUGUGUCUUUAACCCAAAAAAAUUAUAUCAAGUUACAAACACUACAUACUAUUCAGUUAAGUUCAGUAAGAAUGAAUCAGAGGAUAACAGGCUGAUUUUCAUUUUUGUACGAGUCAUAAACGGUAUAACGUUUG